AUGAAGCUCACCGCCUUCGUCACUGUCGCUGCCCUCCUGGGCUCUGCCGUCGCCAAACCCGUGCCGCACCGGGAUGAGUCCGACGACAACGACGACAAGUGGGACCACUGGAAGGGCAACAAGGGCAAGGGCCACCACCGACACGAUCGCCCAUGGGUCAAGGCGAACGAACUGCACCAGUACUCGAACAUCGCCGCCCUGACGGAGGGUGUUGCCGCGAACGGCACCCUCAUCGAGAACGUGCUCAAGUACGGUGACCUGGGUCUCGGCACGUUCGGCGAGCUGCGCGGAGAGAUGAUCGUCGUCGACGGCGUGGUGUACCACGCCACGGCCGAUGGACAGGUGUCCACGCCCGACCCGUCCGAGACGGAGACACCUUUCAUGGCCGUGACGCAGUUUGAGCCCGAGGCGGAGGCUAGCGUGCAGGUAGCGAACAUGACCGACUUCUCCGCCCAGCUGCCGUCUUGGUGGGGCAACAUUACUAUCCGCAACCAAUUCGUCUCGUACCGUCUCGACGGAACGUUCACGCUCCGCAUCCGAGCGCCCCCCGGCCAGGCGUACCCGAUGGAAAACCUUGCCGGCGUCUCGUCCCGCCAGGUCGAGUGGACUCACGCCAACAUCAAGGGAAGCAUGGUCGGUUUCCACACGCCCAAAUACGCUGGUCAGAUCAACGCUGCCGGUGACCACCUCCACUUCAUCUCCGAGGACCGCAAGAUCGGAGGCCACGUACUCGAGUUCAAGACCGAGGGCGAGGCCAACAUCCAGCUCGCGCGCAUGCCGUCGUUCCACGUCGAGGUUCCCACCGACGGACAGUUCACCGGAAUCGACCUGGGCACUGGCUGCAAGUAG